AUGCAAACUAGAAAUACUUUUUCUUGCAUAAAGAAACAGAUUACUCGAUCUAUUUCCGUAUCGCUCAUGCUAUAUAUCAUAACUCGGACAUCCAUUGCAAGUGCAUAUCCCAUUUUUGCGCAGCAGGGUUUUGAAAAUCCACGAGAAGCAACUGGCCGUAUUGUAUGUGCCAAUUGCCAUUUAGCUAAUAAGCCCGUGGAUAUUGAGGUACCACAAGCGGUACUUCCCGAUACUGUAUUUGAAGCAGUUGUUCGAAUCCCUUAUGAUAUGCAACUGAAACAAGUUCUUUCUAAUGGUAAAAAAGGGGGUUUGAAUGUGGGGGCUGUUCUGAUUUUACCGGAGGGUUUUGAAUUAGCCCCUCCCGAUCGUCUUUCUACCGAGAUGAAAGAAAAGAUAGGCAAUUUGUCUUUUCAGAGCUAUCGCCCCAAUAAAAAAAAUAUUCUUGUGGUGGGCCCUGUCCCCGGUAAGAAAUAUAGUGAAAUCACCUUUCCUAUUCUUUCCCCGGACCCCGCUACUAAGAAGGAUGCUCGCUUCUUAAAAUAUCCUAUAUACGUAGGCGGGAACAGGGGAAGAGGUCAGAUUUAUCCCGACGGGAGCAAGAGUAACAAUACGGUUUAUAAUGCUACAGCAGCAGGUAUAGUAAGCAAAAUCAUACGAAAAGAAAAAGGGGGGUAUGAGAUAACCAUAACAGAUGCAUCGGAUAGUCGUCAAGUGGUUGAUAUUAUCCCUCCAGGACCAGAACUUCUUGUUUCAGAGGGUGAAUCUAUCAAAUUUGAUCAACCUUUAACGAGUAAUCCUAAUGUGGGCGGAUUUGGUCAGGGAGACGCAGAAAUAGUACUUCAAGAUCCAUUACGUGUCCAAGGACUUUUGUUCUUUUUGGCGUCUGUUAUUUUGGCACAAAUCUUUUUGGUUCUGAAAAAGAAACAGUUCGAGAAAGUUCAAUUGGCCGAAAUGAAUUUCUAG